AUGAGAGCUGUUGCAGCUGGUCUCUAUCAUCCAUGGGCUGCGUUGCAUAUGCCUGGAGUUGGUCGAGCGCUACUAUCCCUAUUGACAGGAACAGGUGUUGGCACAAAAUUCUUUUAUAAGUCUUACAUUACUAUUUUUGUGCUCUAUCGGAUGAAUACCACAUCAUCGCCGUCUGUUUCAAACAAUCUACAGGCUGAAAUUAACAAAGCUUCUGUAUAUAUUUAUCCAAUUACUAUCUCCCUGACAAUUAUAUCAAAUCUUAUUAAUAUCUACGUACUCUACCGUCCAAAGUUUCGUUCAUGUUCAAUUACACAUUAUUUUCUUGCUUUCGCUUUUACUUGUUUACUAUAUACAUGCGAAGUACCCGUAAUGAUGUUUCUUCGCCUUCGUUUCGGAUAUGUUGUAACAUCAACACCCAUUGGAUGUCGAUUACAAACGUUCGUAAUAUAUGUUUUGCCAUUAUUUAUUUCCUUAAUGUUAGUAUUCGCAUCUGCCGAUCGUUUUUUUGCCAGUGCAUUGUCGGCACGUAUCCGCAAUCUAAGUCGCGUGCGAAUUGCACAACAGAUUAUAAUCACCGUUGCUCUCCUCACGGCUAUCUAUGCUUUCCCACACGCAUUGCUGUAUGAUCUGAAUCUUAAAACAAACCAAUGCGUCGCAUAUUCAUAUACGAUCGCUAAUAUUUAUCUUUCAAGUCGAAUUGUUCUUUCGUAUAUUCUCAUACCGAUAGCUAUGACUGUAUUCGGUUGUCUGCUCGUACGGAACAUUCAAAGACAAACACAUCGUACUGCUCCACACGCGAUGAAUACUCAACAAGAGAUCCGUAUGCGUCGUGUUGAAAAUCAACUAGUGCGCAUGAUAGUUUUACAAGUGAGUGUGUAUCUUGUGUUUUCUAUUCCUGCAGGCGUCGGUUACACAAUAAUUACAUUCGUUCCGUCGAUGAACACUCCUUUUAUGGCGCAAGUCCGUGUGAUUUUAAGCCUUUGGCAGCAAACGAUAUACUUUUUACCACUUCUUCUUUACAUUUUUUCGUCUAAAACUUAUCGACAGGAAUUUUUGAAAACUUUUUCAUUGAAUAAUUAUCGAUGA